AUUACUGGCCGAGGAAAAAUUGACCGAAUCCCAGAUACCAGCGCAAGAAUUACGUUACUAAAAAAUUGGAAUAAAUCGAUAAAUAAAGUCGUAGAGGAGAGAGAGUAUAGGAGGGACUGAGAAAGGGAGAGAGAGAGAGAAAGAGAGAGAGAGGGAGCCUGGAGGGACCCUGGAGGUCGCCAUCACCACAACAACAAAGUUCCUGUGGCGGGCGUCUGUACCACCUCGCUCCUCCUCCUCGCUCCUUCUCCUCCUCCUCCUCCUCGCCUGUCUGCUCCUCAGGGAGGGGAAUAUCUCUGCGUCCCUCUACCCGUCGGUCUGCUCCUGGAUUGACACCUUAUGGACCAGUGAGGGCCCGCGGUGGUGCCAAUCAUGCCUCCCAAGAACAGGAAGGUGGCCGUGAUGGGCUACAGGAGUGUAGGAAAAUCCUCAUUGUGCAUCCAGUUUGUUGAUGGGCAAUUUGUUGACUGUUACGACCCAACUAUUGAGAACACAUUUACAAAGAAGCUGAAGGUUAGAGGGCAAGAAUAUGGCUUGGAGUUAGUAGACACGGCUGGACAAGACGAGUACAGCAUCUUCCCUGCGCAGUACUCGAUGGAUAUCCAUGGCUACGUUUUGGUCUACUCCAUCACAUCAGAAAAGUCAUUUGAGGUGGCACAAGUCAUUUAUGAUAAAAUUCUUGACAUGAUGGGCAAAGUCACUGUUCCAGUAGUUUUAGUGGGCAACAAAAAUGAUCUUCACAUGGAACGUGUGGUGACCACUGAUCAAGCACGCAAAGUUGCCGAUACCUGGAAGGCAGUUUUUCUUGAGACUAGUGCCAAGCAACAUGAGGCUGUGAAUGACAUCUUUACAAGAGUCAUUCUAGAGAUUGAGAAGGCUGAUGGGAACUCAAUCCGAGAAGGAACAUGCAAUAUUUCAUGAAGUCUUUGUGAUAUAGGAUGGAUUUUGCAGUGCCGUCUAUCAUCUUGACUCAUGAUUUGGAUUUUGUGGAAUGGACUUUGUAUGUGGGUUAAUCCUUUUUUUUUUUAAUGGUUAACCAAAUCCAGUUUUUGUUGUAUUUGUAUGUUGGACCUAUUGUUCAUGGCCUUGCCCAAGUCUCGGUAUGAGCUGUUCUACUAGGUGCCAUUUAGUUCUCUCCUUGUCCUUUGUAUUCUUGCCAGAAGGAAUCGUUUUAGUAACUAGUAGGUAUGGCUUAUACCUCAAGGCUCAGGUCAAAUGGGGUGGUUGAAACUCCUGUUAAUUCACUGCCUCCAAUAAUGGCGGCAGACAUUAGACUCUGUGGUCCUUAUUUUCUCAAAAGCUAAUGGGACUUUAUUUUUCGUAUAGUGGAAAAGUUUUUAAGAUGCAAAUAGUGUGAUUAAGUAAUCGCAUUAUUUGCCAUUGGUGUCUUUAGUUACUGUUUAGAUCCUCAGUUUUGUACGAUAUAUUUACAAAAGUGACAGGUAAUGUUAUUUACCUUUUGAAUGCAUUUUGGAUAUAUCUUAUUGAUACAUUAGUAUUUUUUCUUUAACAUGGUUAUAGUCACAAAUAGUAAAUUUUUGGUGGCUGAAUAAAAGUUUAAGUUAUAUAUACAUAUAUAACUAUAAAUGCCUUGUUUGGGACUGCCAUGUAGAAAUCCCAUGCUCAUUUUGCAGAAAAGUUGUCCUUUAUGGAAACAAAAAAAAAAAUGGUGUGAUUUAGCACUGUUUCUAAAUAUUAUAGACUUAAGGAACUGAUGAGAGUAUGGGACUGUGUAAACAAAAUAUUUGGUAAUGUAGCUAGUUGAACAGAAUUUUCCUAGAUAAUGCAAUAAAGUUUAUAGACAACA